CCAUGCCUUCCGCUCCACCUGCUGUUUUGUUUGUUUCCUCCUCAUCUUCUCAUCUCUUCUCAUCAUUCUUGUACUAGUAUGUAAGUGUGUAUCGCUGUACGAAGGUGCGAGCUCCGAUCUUGAAACAUUACACAAGGAUUCACAAACAUGACAGAGUCUAAAGUGAUAAAGUAAUUGUGCGUACACUACCUGACCAUGGCUCUGAAAAACAACACAGCAAAAGUUGAACAAAACCUGACCAUGGCUCUGAAAAACAACACAGCAAAAGUUGAACAAAACCUGACCAUGGCUCUGAAAAACAACACAGCAAUCUCCCGUCCAGAUUGGCUGUUGUACGUGAUUCCUUCUAUUGCCUUUGUACUUGGAUUGUUCCUGUUCUCAAUGGUCUAUAGAACACAGCGUCGCAGAGAGAAAGAAUUUCGGCGAGUUGCUGCACUAAAGGCCAUCAUGAAGAAAACCUCAGCAGGACAUACCUACACAAGGUACACAAGUCAAGGACCCAUGGGAACAGCAAAUAAGGACUCAAGCAAACUGCACAACUCCAGCAAAACUCAAGGAAACCUUACAAAACAAGAAGCCCAGUCUUAUGAGAACGUUACAGCGGUAAUCUACAGUAAUGAGGAUAAAGUCAACUACUGCGUCCUUCCAGAUGAUGAUUAUCUCACUCCUGAUGCAGUGGCAGACAAAGUGACAGAAACCAACAACACCACCUACCUUCAAGCACCUCGCAACCUUACAGACACCGAUGGAGAGUCGUAUGAAAACAUGGAAGGGUGUGUGUACGCUCAUCCUCGCCAAUCCACACUAAGGAAUGCAAUCAGCACUGAGGAUGAUGAUUAUAUUAACCCUGAUGAAGAGAACAAACACAACCUGGAACAGACAGACACAGAGUCCUAUGAGAACAUGGCUGGCUCGGCAUGUCCCAACGCACAAGCACACACCAACACACACACUGUGGAUGAAGGCUGGUAUGAGUGCAUGGACAGAAGACAAAGAGUCGAGAGACAUACAUAAUAUAUUAUAUGAGCGAGGCGGUAAAAGGACACACACACACACACACACACACACACACACACAUAUAUAUAUAUAUAUAAUAUAUAUAUAUUCACUUAGAAAAAGACAUGCUCUUACAGUUAAAACAUGAACUGUAUCAAGAUUAUCAUGUAUAUAUAAAGCAGCUCCUUCUCCAUAUAUGACGCUGCCAGUGAUAGCGGUAUGAACAGUAUUAUGCUAGCGGUUUAGCUCUCCUUCUAGGCGUGGCUAACGGCAGUAACCUGUUAUGAGAUUUAUGGUGAUACGCUAAGCAGAGCAGCCAUUGAGAAUGUGGGGUAGAGAUUCAGUAACCCGUUCUGUAAUGUGGUGCAGACACAUCUGAUCAUCUAGAUUACUACGAACUUCAGAAUGUCCUCAAUAGCUGCCUUUCCAUCCAAGCUGCGAGUUUAGUUUGUGUGAAAAAUCGGAAUAUCGCAUAAUGCACUUGCGAAUAAAGCACCGUUUCCAUCCUGUGUGUUCAAGGGAACAAAAUCGUCACUUGUGGGGAAACUGGCACGAAGUAUCACUACAAAUGGACCUUUUUUCCUAUAUAACAAACGAUAAAAAUGCAUUAUACAGCCGUUGAGCUGUAUAAACUGGCCACAUGCGCUGAAUAUCCAGUCACAUCAGCCAAUUAUCCAAUCACAUGAUUUGCUGAGGGAAAGUCACAUGACUUUUUUGACACGCAUAAAGGAAUUUAUUCGAUAAACGUGUUUCCAUCGUAGUGUACGCGCACGUCUUCUUAUCAAAUAAAAAAACGAUCCGCGUCAGUUGAGCGCACGCGUUUUCUUAUGCGCAUUUUGGAGAUUUUAUUCGCAUCUGGUGUUUCCGUACAGUGUUUUCUUUAUUUUAUUUUUACGCCGAAUCCCAAAAUUCAUUUAAAAAGACGUGGAUGGAAACGUAGCUCCCGAGUGUAACGUUCCUGUGCAACGUGAGUGAAGAGAAAUUCUGCCCUCUACUGGUGUGAUGUAAAAUGAAUAAAAUAUUCGACUUCUGUUCAGGCUAGUGCUAGCUAAGAAUCCACUCAGGAAUUAGCUGUGUUUUAUUUUAGUUUUAUUAUACAUCCUGCUGUAAUUUUGUAAAAUAUCAUGAUUCUGUUGUAUGACUUUAAAUUGAUUACUUCUUGUUUCAUAAGCAAUGUGACGUGUACAGUGUACUCUAGUUGUCCUGCCUUCGCAAUUCUACUUUUGUGUUUUUUGUAAAAAAUUGUAGACAAUUUGCCACACUGUAAGAAGAAAUAAAAGUCAACAAAGCACUGGACUCAUCUUGUGCUCGUCUUGUGGUGAGGUGUGAGGUAAACGUGCUAACCACUAAGCCACAAAGCCGUGUUGGACAUGGGAAAUGCCACUGCAGCAGGACUUUGCUUUUCCAUUUGACAUUGUACAUUUGUGUAAAUAUGUAAAAAUGAAAACGGUAAUGCACAACUUGCAUUUUCGUUUGAAUUAUGUCACAAUUUCUGUGUACACAAAUACAAUUUGCAACAACAUCACAAUCUGUUUACUUAACAGAAAUACAAUUUGCCAUUAGUUUUGAAAAUAGUCCAGAGAAUACUUCCACAGAUAAAGGUCAACAGCACUCUGGGUGUUAACUCAUAUCUGACAUGUUAUACAUCAGAAUGUGGUCUUAUGUUUAAUAGAAUAUAAUUGCUGUGAAGAAGGCUUUAGGUCAGGCGGGAACACAAUCGUACUGCUGAAGGAAGACCCGCUCUUUCACAGCAUGGAGACAUUGUGUUGGACCGAGACGUUUUAACCCCUUAAACCGUUCCCUGGACUUUAAUUUCUAGAGGAAAAUGAGACAUUUUAUACAAUAGAAUAGGAUCUUUCCAGAGUACUAAGAACAAAACCCCCACAUUGCUUUGACUGGCCAUUUUAAUGCUGUUUGAAAACAUCACGCAGAUUAAAAAGACUAAUGAUUGCCCCCUAGAGGUCAAAUAUUCCAAGGUCAAAAUAAAUGUAAUCCGGAUCAGAAUGUUCCGGAUUUGAAAAUCCCAUGCUUUGCCGUCCAGGAUCAAGUAACCCAUCUUACUUUAGUGACGGUUUUUCACAGCAGCACUGGAUUGGAUCACCCUAAUCCAGGUCCAAACCUUCCAGGAUGACUAGUGCAGGCUACUAGCUACAGGUAGAUUAACAACAGGUAGAUUAUCCAGCAUGUAAACAUCCUGUUCCUACAAACAAACAACUCUACGUUACUCACAAAUACAUUGGGGAUGUUUUGAACACAGGUUUGAAAUCAUAAAAAGUCUAAAUGUCCAAACAGUUAACGAAAUAAGAAUGAAGUUCUUCAUGUGUGGAGAGUGAUAAGUGACACAUUUGUUAGAAACUACUUCUGACUGGUUCGUCUCUGAGGAUUGUGUCAUUGUAUUUAAUAUACAGUGAUCAAUAACAGUUAGAAUUAAGUAUAUUAUUUUAGUUUGAUAUUGACAGCUGUUUGGGGGACUAUUUAUGGGGACAUUUGGGGGAUUUAUACUUUAUACUGACGUAUACUUUAUCUAUUACACGGUUAAUCAAGUGUAAAAUAUAAAUUAAUGUAUAUACUACAUGAUACAUUGUACUAUUUGACCGGUUUUAAUGUUUUAUUGCAUUUUGUUCCUGCUGGGAUCAGGAUAAUCCCAGUCCAACUAAAACGUUUUGAACAAACUCAUACUGAAGGUUUGAUCCAGAUCAAACGCAAAAUCAGAUUACAUGAUCUAAUCUGAUUUCAGAAUCCUUUUUUUCCUUUUCUCCUUUUGAACAAACCGGUUUGAAGAUUAGAUCCAAUCCGAUAGCCAAAAUCCCGAUCUGAUAACUUCUGAACAACUGGGCCUUAGUUACAACAGAGACUCCGGAGAGGAGGGUCUGUUCUCCAUGUGCUGGAUCAAAGACACAGUAUCCAAUACUAAUCAGAGAGUCAUAGAGCCGAGAAUCCACACGAGAAGCAGACACCAGGGCAAAACCAAAAAGUAAUCAAUAGUCUCAGAACUAAUAAUAAAGAUCAGCCAGACCUCACAACUACAAGGUGUGUAUAGCUAACGUGUGCUCAAAAAGUCACUGGAGGAUAUCAAGGACCCAUUUUUUUAUAAAUUCAUUAAUGUGUCAUGAUCAUUGCAGCUUUGGUCAUAGCACCACAAACACCCCGUCACUCAGCAGUGGUUUUUUCUUUACGCAUACCUCAGAUCCGGGUUUAAUAGAGAAAAGCGGAAAACAGUGGGCGGAGUCAGGAGCUGUAUUAAAUACAUUUAUUACAUCAGCCACAUAUUCAUCAUCACUUAGACAUUUCAUAAGCAAAAAGCAGACAGUAUAAGUACGGAACCCCAAAACAGUGUGUGUGUGUGUGUGUGUGAACAUGAUGCAGGCUCUCCACCUCCAUCCUCUUACCCUGAAAAUAAGGUGCCUCCACAUUUGAUUCAGACCAGAUUGAUUAAAUCAGACAAAUCUGAAGGUUCCACAUCAGUUUACUGUGUUCCUGCUCUCACACACUCUAUACGUGCCGUUCCAUUACCGUAUUAGCAUGAACAUACUCUGCUAAGCUAGCAUCAGAGGGCUAUUUAUCAUCCGAGGCCCAAUAAACAAUUCGGUGUUUCUCCAGGAUGACUCAUGCUCUGCAAGCAUGCCCCCCAAAAAAAAAAACAAAAAAAAAAAAAAAAAAAAAAAAACAAAAUUAUACCAGAUGCUCUGCUAGCAUGUUAGCAGAGCGUGUGCAAGCUACUUAGCUAAGCGAUUACCGAGAUGAUGAAAUGAGCGGUGCUCGGCUAGCAAGUCUAGGUGAGAUAAAGGACUCUGCUAGCACUAAAACAUGAUAGCUAGUUAGCUGAAUCAGCUGACAGGAGAACCAAAAUUAACCCCUAGAUCACUCACUGCGCCCUACACACUUCAGAGUGAUUAGCGGAAGUGGACGAGGGCAUAGUAUUGGAACACAAGAGUCUGUGUAUGUGUGUGUGUGAGAGAGAAAGAGAGCAGGAAACAGUAAACUGUGGACGUUUAUACUAAUGUAAAGUAUGGAUGAGUCAAGAGG